GGGCCUGCAGGGCGGUGUUCUCAGGCGGAGAAAGAGUCUGACUGGGGUGUGUGAGCCACAUCUGGAAUAGUAGCUACAGAGAAGAAGUCGAGAGGAGCCGAUACAUCCCCUAACUCUUCACUUCAGCACUCCAUUUCCACGGACACAAACUUCUUGCUUUGCCUGUUUGACUCUCAUCUACUUGAAAAAAUGCUGCUCAUCCUGCUCGGAGUGCUCAUCUUGCACCUUAUCAUCCUCAUUCUGCUCAUUGUGUCAACAGCAGCCAGUGCCUGGUCUGUAGGUGGGGAUAUGAGCACAGAUCUAUGGUACAACUGUAGGACAAGUAAUGGAGGCUACCACUGCAAGCCAGCCAGCAAUGAAGAUUGGAUCCAGGCAGUUCAGGCCCUCAUGAUCCUGUCCAUACUCUUCUGCUUCUUCUCCCUCAUUGCGUUCUUGUUCCAGCUGUUCAAACUGGUCAAGGGCGGACGCUUCUUCUUCACCGCCAUCUUCCAGAUCUUGGCAAGUGUGUUCGUGAUGUGCGGGGCGAUCAUCUACACCGUGAUGAGUCCGGAUGAUAGACCCGGCACAGAGUUCGGCUACGCCUACGUGCUGGCCUGGGUGGCUUUCCCUCUCUGUCUCAUCAGUGGCCUCAUUUAUAUCGUCCUGAGGAAGAAAGAAUGAGAGAAGGAGCAGAGAAGAAAAGAGGAGGGGUAGUUAGGAUACCCCUUACAACAACAUCGCACUGUGCCUACUGCCCACAGACCAUAGACUGACAUCCCAACAAUACAACAAAAGUGCAUGUGUCACUAACAAUUGUAAACACAAAAUAGAGACCUUUAUCUCUGCUGGAGAUCUUACUUAAGCUGUAUCUCAGUUUCCAUCACAUGCUGAAAAUAUCACCUCGUUGCCUUGUGAAUUGAAGUGUCACUGCUCAUGUUUCCUGUGGUGACUUUAAAAUGUGUUUAGAAAUGAGUUGGUGACAUAUCGACUUUUGUUGCAUGCCGGCACACGACUUCACACAAAUCCAUCGUGCGUGAUAACAAAAGACGAGUAAUCCUGCCUAGCUUUCAGUACAAAGAUGUACAUAGUGUCUGUGGUUUUUAGACAUAUUUAUAACAUUUUUACAUACAUUUUGUACAUAGUGUUGUCAAGUUAACAUUGUCAUGCUCAUUUACGUGAUAAGAGUUUGUGUCUCUCACAAGUCAUGCAGCUGUGCCAAAGAGAUGUCGCUUCAACUGCCAGAGUAUCAGGCUUUUUUUCUUUUUAAUUUUGUCUCUCUUUUUUUAUUGUCGAACCACGUGCCUUACUCAGAAUAGCUGUUCUUCUUGAAGGAAAUGAGAAACUAAAAUAAAAAAAAAGAUAAAAGAACAAUAAGAAGUGCUAAUAAUAAACCCAUGAAGUUUUUUGUUUUUUUUCUGAAAUAUCAUUGUAAUGCCAAAUAAAAAUGUUUUUUCCAUUUUGUAAUCUAGUCUUGAAAAAUGGUGCUUUUUAUUCUGCUAUUCUUGAAAUGUAUACUUUGUGUUGCAAGUGUGUCAUGUCCUGUGAUUAAUUUGCUUUGUACAAACCUAAGUUUGCAUUUUUGUCAGUAUUCUUCUAAAUAAACCCUUUGAAAUGAAUUCUA